UUAUUACCCUUUUCGGAGGCAGUUUUGAUUCAGGCAAAACCGCCAAUCCGCCCAAUAUCAUUCCCCUUUCAGUCGCCCAUUAUUUCCCUCUCUCCUACGAGCGCCUUGUUGGCCUCGCUUUUUCACCAUGAGCGGCGGCGGUGGCGGCGGCGUCACUAGGGUUUCGAUUCCGCACAACGCUCGGAAGGUAAUUCAAGAAAUCAAAAAGACCAUAGGAUCCAAGCACAGCGAUGAGUUCGUGUACACAACGCUCAAAGACUGUGAUAUGGAUCCUAAGGAAGCUAGCCGGAGAUUGAAGAUGAUUCAUGAUAUCAUAGAGAUUGCUGGGAAGCACAACGUAGAGGAUGUUUACACAAUGCUCAAAGACUGCAACAUGGAUCCUAACGAAGCUGCUCAGAGGCUCUUAUAUAUCGAUACUUUUCAUGAAGUUAAAAAGAAACAUGAUCGGCGUAAAUCUAUAAGCAGUGAUGCAUCUGAAGAUUAUAAACGGACACAGGUUGAUUCUGUAAAAGUAAACAAUGGUGCACAUGUGUCAAAUUCUGUUGCAAAUGGCAAUGGUACAUUGGCGGUAUCUAAUGGGAGCUACAGUGAUAAGGUUGCACCUGAAUCAUCUUCUACUUCAGAUACUGUUGUGGUUUCCUCUAAGAAAACGUGUGCUGUUGGUACUAUACAAUGUGAGAUUGUAAAACACAGUGGCUCUACUAAAUCAAAUUCCAGACUUCCAGCUGGAACUGGAAUUAAGUCUGAUGUAGUUGAAAAAAUUGAGAUCUCUGAGUCUCUGAAGCCUCUUUCUUUAUCGACUGUCAAUCCCAAUCAGGAUAACCAGCCUCCUCAAUUAUUACAUGAGCCUGUAAAAGUGAAUGGCUGUGAGCAUACACAUUGGAUCCCUGAAGAAAAAUCAGAGUUGAAGGUAUCUGCUGAUGUGGGUGUAGAAAAGUCAAGCUAUCAGGCUGUUAUUUUCCCUGAUCAUCUCCAAGUACCUGAAAAAUUUAAAAGUCAGUUCACAUUUGGAAGUUUGGAUGUUGUCCCAGAAGCUUCUUCUUUAAAAAAAGAUGAGAUCUCAUCUGAUCCUGCUUUAAAACAUGAUGAGACAAAAAAGGUGGAGGUGGAGAUGAUGCCUCCAUUAGGAUUAGGAGGAGGAUUUCAGAAUCCAAUUGUUCAAAGGGACUACAGUUUUGGUUAUAUGCCACAUCUGAUGGGCCCGGGCCCACAUUAUGUACAUGUUGAUGUACCUGAGCUCCAGAGUCAGAGUGGGAGUGGGGGCUCUGUGGUUACAUCCGGAGUAGGUCAAACUCCUGCAACACAAUCUGCAACAGUAGGAGUAGGAGUAGCAAUAUCAUUGUCCCCACCACCACCACCUCCUCCUCCUCCUCCUGUUUUUCCCUAUUUCAGACAAGUAUUUCCAAGUUAUAUCCCUUAUAAUCCUUAUUUCCCACAUUUUUAUUUACCACAAAAUGCUCACUUGUUCAACCAUGCUCAUGCUCAUGGUGUAUUCCCUACUCACCAACCACCACCUACAUCAACACCAGCACCAGCUACAGGGAUCAAAUUCCCUGUUCCUCAGCUCAAACAAGGAAGUAAUGAUGAAAAUGUUACUGUUUCUCAAUCUCAACAAAAAGAUAACAACCUUCAACCACCACUUCAACAGAUACAGGGUGAAGUUUGGGGUAGAGAGGUAGUGCCGAAUUAUUUUUACAACUUUGUUCCUCAAGCUCAAGGACAUGGACAUGGACUGGGUGGUGGUGGUGGCAUAUAUCAAUAUCAACCUACUACUUCUACUUGUAAUGUACAGCUACAGCCAGGGAUACCACUUCCACUGAUGUAUCAAUCUCAGUCUACUACUGCUGCUGCUGCUACAAAUACAAUUGAACCACCACCACCUCAGCAUAACUGGAACAACAGCACGUCACUGCCACUGCACAGAGAUAGAGACAGACAAGUUGAUGGAUGAUCCCCUAGCCCUAGCCCAGCUUUUAUUAUUUCAUCAUAUUCAGGUUUAUUUUUGGAAAAUAGAAUAUUAUAUUUUGGGGGGAUGAUGAUGAUGAUGAUUCGACUAAGACUGACUUGAGUGUAUAUAUACAAAAAUUCCCUGCCUGCUGUGUUUAGACUUUAGACUUUAGACUAGACCAUGUUCGAUAUAGACUGAAAAUUUACAACUUGUCACCCGGGAUUUAUGAUACACACCCACCAUUACCAUCAAAAUCUUCUUCAUUUUCUUUUCUUUCGUUUGGAAGGUCAUAAUAUAAUAAUAUCUUGUUG